AUGGCUUAAUCCUGGAUUCAAUAGGAUUAGAAAUAACUUAUUCAUAAUGCAAUGCGACAACCUUAUCAAAAAAUAGGAAAUGACAUUAGAGAGAAGGUGAUAUACGACAUAGUCUUCUAAGAAAAUUCAAUUAAACAAGUAUUCUUUGAAUUUGAUUAAUUAGACUGCGUUAAAAUAUGGAUUGAAGUAUUCAACAGCUAAUGGAAUUGUGUAGACUUAUCAAUAAUAAGGAAGGUGUACUAAAAAAGAUAAGAGAAAUAAAAAACAAUAUUUUAAGAGAAACAAAAUUCUCGUCAUAAUUGACAUCUUGACAGGUGAUCUAAAUCUCUAUUAAUAAUAAACAACAUCUAAUGUAUUAAUUAUUGAAUCCUCCAUUAAUCCCAACAAUCCUGGUAAUUUCAAAUAGCAAGAUCAAUUUCGUCAUUCUAAAGAGUGCACACAAUAAUUCAUUCAUCAAGACAUAGAAUCAAUCUCAAAUAAUUUGAUUUUCUGGAUCAAAAACAAAAUGAAAUUUGGAAAUAGCAUAAAUGAUGUUUCAUUUUAUAACUACAAAACUAAUAAAAGGAUAAGGAAAAGUAAUAGCAUACUAACUUAAUAAUAAGAAAGCCAGUCUUUACUACAUAAAGAGAUAAAGAGUGAAGAAUUUCAGAACAAAUUUAUACAUAAGUAUAUCAAUAAUGAAAAAUAAGCUAUGUGCAAAUAAUAAGAGUGGUGUAAUAAUUAAGAGUAGUCUAAUUCAAUCAAGAGUUAAUACUCUGAAUGCUAUUGCAACGAGUCUGCUAUUUUUGAUUAGAAUUAACAAUAUUCGAUCGAAAUAUAGUUAGAUAAUAUAAUUAAGUUAUGGAAAUAAUAAAUAUAUUUGAUGUCAUAAAAGUGA